AUGCAUUGGCGCCUUGUCCUGUCUCUGGUCGCCGCGGCGGCCACAUCAGCCAGCUGUGCCGACGAGGAGACGUACGACUACAUCGUCGUCGGCAGCGGGCCCGGCGGGGGGCCCCUGGCGGCCAACCUGGCGCGGGCGGGACACCCGACGCUCCUGCUCGAGGCCGGGGACGACCAGCACGACAACCCCAACAUCUCCAUCAUCUACAACUUCCUCGCCGCGGGCAACGACGAGUCGACGCGCUGGGACUUCUUCGUCAAGCACUCGGAGGACCCGGCCCGGGCGCUCAAGUACGAGCGCCUGACGUGGCGCAAGCCCGACGGCUCCUUCUAUGUCGGCCUCGACCCGCCCGAGGGGUCCAAGCAGCUGGGCAUCUACUACCCGCGGGCCGGGACGCUGGGGGGCUGCGCGCAGCACAACGCGGGCGUGGCGUUCCUCCCGCCCGGGCGCGACUGGGACGUGGUGGCGAACCUGACGGGCGACCGGUCGUGGGAGGCGGCCAACAUGCGCAAGUACUUUGUGCGGCUCGAGAACAACCGGUACCUGCCCAGGGGCACGCGCGGGCACGGGUUCGACGGCUGGCUGGCGACCAUCGACACGCCGGCGGGCUGGGCGGGCGAGGACAACGACGGGACCAGGAUCGCGCGGGCGCUGGCCGGGGGCAUGGGCGUCUCGACUGAGGACCUGCCGGCCCAGCUGGGGAGCGACAUCAACGCGGACAGGCCGGACCGCGACCGGCGGCAGGAGUUCGCGUCGCUCGUCAGCCACGCCGACGAGGACGGGUUCCGCAGCAGCCCCAACAACUACAUCCGCGCCACCAUGGCCGACGCCAAGAAGUACCCCCUCACGCUGAAGCUGGAGAGCUUCGUGACCAAGGUCCUGUUCGACACGUCGCCGUCGGUGGCGGGCGCGCCGAGGGCGGUGGGCGUCGAGGUCCUCCAGGGCAGGCACAUGUACUCGGCCGACCCCAACUACAAGGCCGAGGCCAAGGGUAAGAAGAUGACGUACCGGGCUAGGAAGGAGGUCAUCGUGGCGGGCGGGGCCUUCAACACGCCGCAGAUCCUCAAGCUGUCGGGCAUCGGGCCCAAGGCGGAGCUGGAGCGGUUCGGGAUCCCGCUGGUGGCCGACCUGCCCGGCGUGGGCGAGAACAUGGCGGACAACUAUGAGGCGCACCUGCUCGCGCUCAAGGAGGGGUCUCCGCUCAACGCGGGCGGGAUCCAGACGCUGCUGUUCCGCACGCCGUCGGCGCCGACGGCGGACAGGAACUUUUUCGCGUGGUGCGGGAGCUUCAGCUUCGACGGUUUCUGGCCCGGGUUCCCCGAAAACUACGGGCCGGAGCAGUUCACGUGCGCCAUCGUGCAGAUGAACCCCAAGUCGCAGGCGGGCUACGUGCGCCUGCGCUCGGCGGACCCGCGGGACGUGCCUGACAUCAACCUACGCUUCUUCGAGCACAACGCGGACCAGGACCUGACGGAGCUGCUCGAGGCCGAGCGGUUCCUGAUGGGCGGCGUCUACAACGGCACGGGGCCGUGGAACCCGCUGCACCCGUGUAAAAAGGGGGAGCCGUGCUCGGACUCGCACGUCAAGGAGUACAUCCGGGACCAGGCCUACAGCCACCACGCGACAUCGAGCGCGCGGAUCGGGGCCUCUGACGACCCCAUGGCCGUGCUCGACUCCAAGUUCCGCGUCAGGGGCGUCAGGGGCCUGCGCGUGGUGGACGCCUCGGCGUUCCCCGUGGUGCCGGGGGCGUUCCCUGUCGUGCCCGUCAUGAUGCUGUCUGAGAAGGCGUCGGAUGACAUCCUGGCCGAGGCUGCGUAG